AUGGAGCUCGAUGAUGAUUACGUGGAGUAUGUUCCAGUGGCGAAGCGUAGAGCGAUGCAAGAGCGGAAGGGAAAGGUGUUGGAGGAGUUAGAGGACAAGGAGAAGCUCGCAUCUAGCUUACUCGUUAAAGCAACUCAGCAGCUGAAGAGGAGGAGAGAUGUUAGUGCUACCGAGAAAAUUAUAUUACAAGAGAAAGAGAUGAUGGAGCAAUUAUCUUCUGAUAAAAAGACGCUUACGUCUGUUCGUGAAUUGGCCAAGGGGAUCACUUAUGCAGAGCCUCUGUUCACAGGUUGGGAACCACACGCAAGGAGCAUCAUGUCGAGCAAACAGAUUGAUUUGAUUAGGAAGCAAUGUCAUAUUACAGUUAGUGGCAAAGAUAUUCCUCCGCCCAUCAAGAAUUUCAAGGACAUGAACAUUCCGAGAGCCCUUCUCGUUACGCUCAAGGAGAAAGGGAUAUUUGACUAUAACUAUAUUUCCUAUAAAAAUCAAAGCACUACAACACCAUCGGACUCUUGUCUCAUUCUUAUACCCUUAUUACUUAAGAAUCCGGAUCUUGUAUAUGCCUUGACUUCUGGUACGCCUGGUAAUUUAGCCGGCCAAGAUAAGGUAAAACUGCUUGAUGUGACUAAAACUGGUGCACCAAAUUUAAGCAGUAGCUCAUACAAGGAGGUUGAAGUUUCUCUUCCAUCAACCAAUCCUGGAAUGAGUAGGUUGGAACAAGAAGUGAUUCGAAAUCUAUUUUCGAGCCAAAACCAAGUUGGUAGUGUGAAGCAACUACAACCUCAUGACGUCUCCUUGAACUGUGAUGUUCAAUCCUAUUACACUGUGUAA